CGCCGAUUUGGGCUGCGUCUCAGUGCUCGCGUUUACGGUAAAUGCAAAUACCAACGGUGCUGAUGAGGGCGAGCGGAUGCUGGUGUGUGAGUGUGCGGAUGUGUGCGUGAUGCCGUCGUGUUUGUCUUCCUCCUCACUGUCGUUUCUUCCCAAAUAGCAACGCAAAUACGCGGUGGACCGUCUGUGUCCUUACGACUCUAUUGGAAGAUCCAUUGAUUAGCUUGUUUUAAGGCGUGAAUCAUCGCGAUGCACGGCUGGUAAACAAUAACAGUAUAUUUUUUUUUUGUUUGGUCUUUCCUCCUCCCCUCCCCGUCGGCUUGUUUUUGAAGGCAUCACCGUCGAAAUGGGGCUCGGGUUUGACGCAUAUUGAGUCCUCAGCUUCCAGACUUGACAUGGACACAAUCUGGCUUUACCAGUUCCGUCUGAUCGUGAUCGGCGACUCCACGGUGGGCAAGUCGUGUUUGAUCCGAAGGUUCACCGAAGGCCACUUCGCCCACGUGUCGGACCCCACCGUGGGCGUUGACUUCUUCUCACGCCUGUUGGAGAUCGAGCCGGGCAAGAGGGUCAAGCUCCAGAUCUGGGACACUGCGGGCCAGGAGAGGUUCAGGUCCAUCACCAGAGCCUACUACCGCAACUCGGUGGGCGGGCUCCUGCUCUUCGACAUCACCAACCGCCGCUCGUUCCAGAAUGUGCACAGCUGGCUGGAGGAGGCGCAGAGUCACGUCCAUCCGCACAGCAUCGUUUUCCUGCUGGUGGGCCACAAGUGCGACCUGGAGGCCCAGCGGCAGGUGAGCCGGCAGGAGGCCGAGAAACUGGCGGCGGCCUUCGGGAUGAACUACGUGGAGACGUCGGCACGAGACGCCAUCAACGUGGAGACGGCGUUCAUGGACCUGACGAGGCAAAUCUUUGAGCUGGUGCGCGGUGGCGACAUCAAGAUCCAGGACGGCUGGGAAGGCGUCAAGAGCGGACUGGUCCCCAACACGGUGCACUCCUCGGAGGAGGUCACCAAGGCGGGGCGCCAGUGCCUCUGCUGAGCUCAUUUCUUUUGGACUCCAUCUUUGGGAGAUGGGCCUUCUCUUCAUCUAUGACUUCACAGCGGGCCCUGGCUCUUUCCUAAACAAUUUCCAUGUUGCAGUAACACGCUUUACUUGUCCUGUGUCGACUACUUGCUCGGUGCAAAAUACACUUCUUUUCUCUCAAUUAAAAGCACAAGAUGCCCCCUUCGUGUCAUUCAACAUGUUAGCUUUGCUGCUUUCUUGACAUGCACACUGACACAGUUAGUGAUGACCAUUGACACUCAUGUGAAUAUACACAAUCGAAUAGAAAUCAGACAGACUCUUCACAUAUAGAUAUACAGAUGCAUACAUAUACUAUAUACUGUAGUCAGAAAGAUGCAGCACUUUUACUCACUGCACAACCCAACAAUCGUUACUCGAGCCAGACCAUUUUAAAAAUUUUAUUUGAUUGUUUUUCUUUAGGCCAAUGCCAAUUCUGGUAUACCGCAGAAUAAAAUUCCGAUGGCCGAUGGUGAUUAAUUGAUAAAAUGUAUCAUGAAUAGAAAAACAUUUGGCGUUGUUCAUUAACGCUUACAACAAUAAAGAUGUGAAUCACAGGCAGAACA